AUGCGCGGGAGCAGCUCUGAGCUCCUGCUGGAGGCGAGCUGCGUCCAGUGUCAGAGCGAUCAUCACGCCGACCAGCACACCAGCACCAGGCAUCACCAGCAACAUCAGGUGAACGAGAAACACGACUUCCAGGAGCAGGAGCUACGUCGUCGCAAGCUGUUGGAGCUCGGGUUCGGCGCUUCGCGGCGCCGACCGCCACGGCGUACCUGCCGUCAGCGGUUCAAUUUUUACGCAACGUCGGCGUUGGCCUUCGUCGCGACAUCCGGUGGCGCAGCCUUGCUAUUCUUGGUGCCACUUUACGUCGACCCGGCGAUCAGCACUCUGGCCGCCGAUUUCUCGCCCGACCCGGUCAUCUGCACCACCUCCAGACGGGAGGAGUUGGCCGGAUUGUUCAAUUGUACUUGGAGUUCUUGCCGCGAGGGUUGUACAAGCGACGUUUACAGAUGUACGCAUAUAUACGUCACCUACACGCCAUGGAGCAACGCGAGCAUGAAAAACGACACCGGGGGUAGAGGCAACUCGACCGGCAUCGCGCACACCUCGACCACUUCCGUGCCGACUCCCGGCGAUGUGGAGGCGGUGCUCCUGGUGAACAUCAAAGGGUGCGGCUAUCCGCCGAUCGUCGACUGCGAGAACUUCACCCGCGAAAUGGGCUACGAAGGCGCGAAAUUCCCCUGCCAUUACAGCCGUGUGAACGGCAGCAUAGUGAUGGCGAACUAUAACCGCGAGGCGCAGGUCACCACCAUCAUACACUUCUUCGCGGCGCCUUUCGUAGUGACUCUCGCGACCAGCGUCGCUCUGUGUGUGAUGCACUGUGACUGCAGGUGCAGCCCACCCCCACGCCAUUCAUCGCGAGGAAUCAGAAGAGGCAGGGGCAACGAUCUCAGCGAUCACUCGAUAAGCAAUCGCGUGGAUCGACGGGGUCACCCAACGCACUGUGAGUGCGGCGAAGUGACAAGACCCUUAUGA